AUGGCUGCCAAAGGUCCCCUCCGUCUUGGCACCGAGGCCCCCACCUUCGUCGCUGAUUCCAGCAAGGGCAAGAUCGACUUCAAGGAGUUCGCUGCUGACAGCUGGGUCGUCUUCUUCUCUCACCCCCAGGACUACACUCCUGUCUGCACCACCGAGUUGGGGGCCUUCGCCAAGCUCGAGCCCGAGUUCACCAAGCGCGGCGUCAAGCUGCUCGGCCUGUCGGCCGACUCGACCGAGCGCCACGAGGGCUGGAUCAAGGACAUCGCCGAGGUGACUGGUGGGCAGGUGAACUUCCCCAUCAUUGCCGACUACGACCGUACGGUCGCCAACCUCUAUGACAUGAUCGACUACCAGGAUCCCACCAACAUCGACCACAAGGCGCUGCCCCUCACCAUCCGCUCCGUCUUCUUCAUCGACCCCAAGCGCACGAUCCGUACCAUCAUCUCUUACCCUGCCUCGACUGGCCGCAACGCUUCCGAGGUCCUGCGAGUUGUUGACUCGCUCCAGGCCGGUGACAAGUACAAGAUCGCCACCCCCAUCGACUGGCUCCCUGGUCAGGAUGUCAUUGUUGCCAACAGCGUCAAGGACCCCGAGGCCAAGGAGCUGUUCCCCAACUUCCGCACCAUUAAGCCUUACCUGCGCUACACGGCUCUGCCCCAGGCUUAG